AUGCCGCAGUUCCCCGCCAUCUCCUGCGCCUGUAAGAAGGAGGUGGAUCAGGCCAUAAAAAGCGUGGCAGAGAAGGUUUUGGUCCUUCGGUUCGGAAGAGAUAACGAUGCUGUCUGUCUGCAGCUCGAUGAUAUUCUUGCCAAGACAGCUCAUGACCUAAGUAAGAUGGCAGUCAUCUACCUGGUGGAUGUGAACAAGGUUCCUGUGUACACCCAGUAUUUUGACAUCAGCUAUAUUCCAUCCACUGUAUUUUUCUUCAAUGGACAGCACAUGAAGGUUGAUUAUGGGUCUCCAGAUCACACCAAAUUUGUAGGAAGCUUCAAAACAAAGCAAGACUUCAUAGAUCUGAUUGAAGUGAUUUACCGUGGUGCCAUGCGUGGGAAGCUUAUUGUGAGAAGUCCUAUUGAUCCCAGUAACAUUCCUAAAUAUGACCUUCUUUACCAAGGAAUUUAGUGGGCUGACCUGAGUUAAAGAAUUAUGGGAAUGGCAGAUAUUCUAGAUAUGUUUUUUCUCUGAGCAUUUUUAUCCACUGCUGACGCCGUGGGACACUUUGAGCAUUUUUGGUGAAGGAUCAUAUUGGUCUCUUUCUGAAGACAGACAUUCUGUCACUUAGUACUUCUGUCACAAAUAAAGCUACUUGUUAACAUCUAGAAUUCAUGCAAGUGACUGUUCUUUGAGUUGCAUGCUGACCAGCAGCUGUAGAACAGAUAUACUGCUUGUAUACAUAAUGAUGGCAUCAGCACAACGUUCAUAAGUGAACUAAACAGUAAUGUACUCUAUUUAAUGUCUAUUCAGUAUCACUUUCAUUCAAAUAUGAUAUUAUUCAAGCUGUAUUUAAAAAGCUGCAGUUGUUACUGAAAGUACUUACCUCACUGUAUCUUUCCAAUGGAAUUUGUAUUUCUACCCAUUACUACGUAAUGGUAUGAAAGCUUUUUCAGACAGUAUCAGAAAUUA